AAAAUCGUCCGAAAGCUUUAUCGAAGAAGAAGAAACAGCCACGGCUAGUGAGCUAGCUUAGCUACUUUCAUUAUUUUACUGAAAUAUGGCAGCUGUACUCCCCAUCAGACCGCCAUGCGAUAGCAACCCCGCCACUCCAGGAGCACAAUCACUAAAGGAAGAUGUAAUAGAUGAGGUUUCCAACGACGGCAGUCAGCCUCCCAAAAGAAGGAGAAUGGGUUCAGGAGACAGUUCCCGAAGCUGUGACACCUUCAGCCAAGAGCUCGGAGCGACAUAUUUUCCAGCGGAGAACCUGACAGAGUAUAAGUGGCCACCUGAUGACACAGGAGAGUAUUACAUGCUGCAGGAGCAGGUCAGCGAGUAUCUGGGAGUGACAUCAUUCAAGAGGAAGUAUCCUGAUAUGGAGAGGCGAGAUUUGUCCCACAAAGAGAAGCUCUAUCUUCGAGAACAAAAUGUCAUUACGGAGACACAGUGCACUCUGGGUCUCACAGCUCUGCGAAGCGACGAAGUGAUAGAUCUGAUGAUCAAGGAGUAUCCUUCCAAACAUGCCGAGUAUUCUGUCAUACUGCAAGAAAGGGAGCGACAGAGAAUAGCGAAAGAGUACUCUCAAAUGCAGCAGCAGAACCCUCAGAAGGUCGAGGCCAGCAAGGUUCCUGAGUACAUAAAGGAGGCUGCGAAAAAAGCCGCAGAGUUUAACAGCAACUUCAACAGGGAGCGGAUGGAAGAGAGGAGAGCUUAUUUUGACCUUCAGACCCACGUUAUCCAGGUACCACAGGGCAGAUUCAAGGUACUUGCUCCAGAGUUAACCAAAACCGGGCCUUACCCUGUGGCUCUCAUACCAGGACAGUUCCAAGAUUACUACAAAAGGUACUCGCCCAAUGAGUUGCGCUACUUGCCGCUGAACACCGCUCUGUAUGAGCCUCCACUGGAUCCAGAGCUUCCUGCUCUAGAUUCAGAGCCCGACUCGGACGAUGCAGAUGAGGCCAAGGACAACAAGAACAACAAGAAUUCAUCAGACAGCUCUUCAGGAAACACCUCUGACGUGGAGAGCCAGGAGGACGGAGGAGGACAUCGUCAGAAGUCCAAAGCCAAAGACAGGACGUCAACGCCGGGAAAAGACCAGCGCCACUCUCACAAAGCCACUCCAGGGUACAAGCCUAAAGUCAUUCCAAAUGCUAUUUGUGGCAUUUGCCAGAAGGGUAAAGAGGCCAACAGGAGAGGCAGGCCGGAGGCUCUCAUUCACUGCUCCCAGUGUGAUAACAGCGGCCAUCCGUCCUGCUUGGACAUGAGCGAGGAGCUGGUGAGCGUGAUCCAGACGUACCGCUGGCAGUGCAUGGAGUGUAAGACGUGCACCGUGUGCCGCCAGCCGCACCAUGAGGACGAGAUGAUGUUCUGUGACAAGUGUGACCGCGGCUACCACACCUUCUGCGUGGGCAUGGAUGAAAUACCUACAGGUCUUUGGGUGUGUGAGGUUUGUGACAAAGACUUCGCAACACCCAAAAAGAAAGGAGUAAAAACACCGAAGAAGUCUAAAUCGGCUCAGAAAUGACCAACGUAAAAAUUUAGUUAAUUUGUCCACAAAUCCUCUGUCAACAUUUCUGGAAAAUGUAAAUUGUUUUUUCUAUUUCUUAAAUAAAGCUUUGUUUGGACAUUGUGUUCUUUAAAAUGCUGUAUUUAAUUAAGAAAAGCAAAAUAAAAAAUUAAAUGAACGCUUAACGUGCUGUUGCUUGGUAAUGAAGAGCUAAGUUUAUUUUUUACAAAACUUUGAAUUAAUUUCUAUGACUGGAAAAUGUUAUGGUUCCCAGUGAACUAUGCUUUUUCUCUCCGUACAUUUCUGUUGUUAUAUAAAUCUGGUGCUGAAACUCAUUUAAACUCAUUCAAUGCAGGGUUUUAAAGGACUUACUGACGUCAUUCACAUUUUAAAAAUCAAUUUGAGUGUUUUACGUCUUAUUACCUGUGGUUUGUGCUUUUAAUGACUCCUUGACUGAGAAAGCAGUCUGGGUCAAUAUUUUUUUAAAUAAGUGGUGCUGUUCUUCCUGUGUGUUUACGGACACUGGAGUUUUAAGUUUUAUUUUAACUAUAUUUCAGAUUUAAGUUUCUCCAACAUUCACUGUUCUCAGAAUCGUAAGAUGCAAUUGUAACCACUUGUAAUUACACUAAAGGUAAUUACUCUAACAUUUGUUUACAUUGACUUGAUGAUUUUGGAAUCCGCCUAAAUGUAGUGUUUUGAAGUUUUUAUUAUUAUUUUAUGUUUGCAUUAUAUUGUCCUCUAAACUGGUUGUUAAAUAGUUAUUUGUUGCCUCUAAUGUCAGUGAAUAAAUUGUAUUUUUUUUUUUUUUUUACAAUAAAAUCCACUUUAAAGGGCUAA